UCGCAGUCUGACCCGGUCGCCAUUUUUGCAAGAAUUGCGCAGUUAUCGACUCUUCAUCAUGUCGUCUUCAAGCGGCAAAAAAGAAAAAAAAGAAUCUUUGCACUGUUUUACUUUCGAUUUCCACCGCGAGGGUUACAUAAAUUGUUUACCUCCACAUCUGUAGAAGGGGAAGCUUCGACGAAGAUUUACCAAAUAUGUCCUUGAGAAGGAUGGUGUUGGUAGGAAGGACAGGAGCAGGUAAAAGCACUUCUGGAAACACAAUUCUGGCCAGAGGAGCCUUCAGAGCUGCAAAAAGUGGUUCAUCUGUAACCAAAGAGUGCUGGAAAAAGACCAGAGAAGUGGCGGGAAGAGAAAUUACCCUGGUGGAUACUCCAGGUAUGUUUGACACAGAUGUUCCAGAACAGUAUCUGAAACAGGAGAUCAGUAAGUGUAUAAACAUGACGGCACCUGGACCUCACGCCAUCAUCCUGGUCAUUCAGCUCGGCCCAUUCUCUGAAGAAGAGAGAAACUCAGUGGAGAAGAUCAGAGCUUUAUUUGGAGAAGAAGCAGAUAAACACACAAUCGUCCUCUUUACUCGCGGUGAUGAACUGACUGGCACUAUCGAAGAAUACGUCAGUGAAGUUGGUGAUGAUCUGAAAGAAAUCCUGAGUCGUUGUGGAGGAAGAUAUCACGUGUUCAAUAAUAAAGACAUUGAAGAUCGUAAUCAGGUUGUGGAGCUCCUGGAGAAGGUGGAUGCCAUGGUCUCUGCUAAUGGAGGUGAAUUUUACACCAGCGACUCUUACAAGGAAGUGGAUCUCAUGCUGAAAACUAAAGAAGCAGAACUGAGACGAGAAUAUGAGAAGAAACUACAAGAGAAGGAGAGGGAACUGGAGUCCAGAUUCACUGAAGAGAAGAAGAAACUACAAGAGAAAAUAGAGGCACUAACAGCAUCUGAGCAAGAGAAAGAAGAGAAGAUCAAAGAGCUGGAACGAGUAAAUCAGAGGAAAAUGAUUGAGUACAAGCGUUAUUAUGAAGCAAAGCUCAGAGAGGCCAGACUGGAGGCAGAACUCACUCAUAUUAAUGAGAGAAAAAUGAUGGAGAUCUUCACCAAGUUACAAACACUCCAGAUCUAAUCAUGCAUGUGUAUUUUAUGAAUGCUUUGGCUGUGCUCAGACAUAUAGUUCUAUAUGUAACUCUGAAAAUAAGACAUAUAAAAUAAGAUAAGACAUCGUAUUUCAGUGAAAGUUAUUCAAGUCAAGUUGCCUUUAUUUGUUUAGCACUUUUUACUAUACAGAUUGUUUCAAAGCACCUUUACAGUGAUAGAAUGACAAUUUUGUAACAAAGUUUGUUUUAGCUGUACAGCAGCACUAGAAGAAAACACUGUUUUGCUUAAGUCAGUUCAGUUUUGAUUCAUUUCCAUUGUAAAAAUCAGCAGUUAUCGAUUUAGUUUCAUCUAAACAGCAGCAGCUCUGUAGAACACGCUGAUGUCAUCAUCCAGCUCAGUUUACUUCUCAUAUAAUAGUGUCAUUUUGAGUCUUCCUGAUCCUAUUGGGCAGAGUGUGUGAGUUUCAGAUUUGUGUUCCUCAUGUUAAUUAAUAAUUAGUUUAGGAUUAUAUAGACCUGUUUUAGCAGAGAAACAAGUGUGCCACCAUCUUUAGAAUAUUGUCUUUGAACUUCUAUGGCAUUUCUAUGGCAACUUGAUAUUUCUAUGGCAUCUCUGUUGAAGAAUAUUUAGCUGGUGAAGUGGAUUCACCUGUUGUUACCUAAUGAAAGUUAUCAUGAGCAUUGUUAUGUUUAAAGAUGUCUAAACAAAUGUCAGUAGACUGGGAAGAUUUUAAAAUGAGCAGUUCAUUCAUAAAUACGUAAGAUCGCUGUGGAAAUACAAACCGGAAGUCAAAAGACAACGAGCGCAGCGCUAAAAAGGGGCAGACCUACAUAAGGUCUAUAAGAGUGUUGUGUAUUAUUUGGGGCAGGCACUCUCUGUGGGAAAGCUUCUCUCAGGAGUGGCUCUUGCUCAGACCUUAAAGGCCCCGGUAUACUUCAAACGAAAUCGAAGAAAGAACUGAUGUGACGUCAUUUCGAACAAAAUCAGGCCAAAACAAAGUUCGUUUUGUGUUCUUUUUGGAAGUUCGAAGCGGCUUGCCAAAGUGAACUUUCAGGAAAAGUUCGCUCCAGCUGCAAAACACCUUCGUACUACCAUUGGUCAGUGACGAUAACGUAACAGGAGGUGUGCGCUGAGGCUCCGCCUUCACUCGCGUGGAGCGUGUCUCUGACUCAUUUGAUCUGUUGAGUUUUGUUGAGGUAAGAGCUCCGCGGGUGAAAACAUGAACACACUGGAUCAGGGGCGGAGCCAGGGGGUGGCCAGGGGUGGCCGUGGCCACCCUUGGCCUAAGCUUGGCCACCCCUUUGGCCACCCCGCUCACAACCGCUGUUUCUGUAUCCUUUUUUUGUUGACAAGAAUUGCGUUUAUUUAAACGCAGAACCGUCUCUUUAAGACCACAAAAAAAAAAAAAAAAAAAAAAAAAACUGUAGACUAUUCAGACGCGCACUUCAACUUUGCCUCAGCGCCAGGCGCAAGUCAAACGCGCGCGGAAAUGAUACAGGUGCCGCAUGAGCUUCAGCAGAACAAGUGAACGGCGCACAUUGUAUAUAGCUUACGUUAAUGUUUCUCAACUGGUGGGUUGCAAGACGCGCACGUUUCAAUCACGCGCAAAUACGGCGCGCUGUAGGUAUAUUAGGCUACUCACUAUAAAUAAAGCGCAAAAGAAACUACGAGCAUGCAAUGUAGUUCUGUCGUCUAUUAGCUAAGUCAUGACAUAACCAAAAAGGCGAUUAAAGCUGCAUUAGAACUGUGUAUGCAUGUAUGUAGGCCUAUUUGAGAUACAUGCGUCACAUGCCUCUGGACUAAAAUAUUCUGCUAUGCCAGAACACAAUAUAAGGCACAAACUGAUAUGUAAGUUUUUAAUGCAUAAAUAAAUGUGAGAACUGUGCAUUUGUUUUAGAAGAUGCUAAUUUUGCAAUAAUUUAUAAAGUACAAACAAAAGUUAUCACAUUUAAAUGCAUAAAAUAAUUAAUUUUACAUUCUGGCAUUUAUGUGCUGUUGACUUCCGCAUCAGCAAAUGGGAAUUCAAAAGAGAACACAUUUGUUGUCUUUGUACUGAGUUUAAUUUAGGUAUGAUAGAACUGUUGCAAUUAUUUAUUUUGACAAUAUGGAAAGUUUGAAUUUUAGUGUUUACUUUUUGGUUAAUUUUUGAAACAGAAUAAUCUUUGAAGUACAGUAUGUGGUUAUCUGCAUGUCUCAUCCAUGGAUAUGCAACAAUGGAGAACAAGUUAUUAGGGGUUUUGAGAACCAGAACAAGCUGACUGAACAAGUUGAAAUUUAGCUAUAGCUUGAGCCACUUUAUUAAUAUGCCUGCAAGUGAGGAACGCAAAAAAAAGAAAAGAAAAAUUCUCAAUUAAUUAAGUGCAAAUGAACUGUACUCAGUUGUGUUGUAGGCACAAUUCAGUACUUUAUAGUCAGACUCGUUUUUAUGUUGAAAUUAUGAAGAUUUCUGUGCCACCCCAGACUGGUUGCCGGCCCCUGCCUGGCCACCCCUAUGAAAAAAUCCUGGCUCCGCCACUGCACUGGAUAGCUGAUUAUAGUACAAAAUGAAGUUGUGCUUGUAAAGCAAUAAGGCACUAACACUGUUUUUCAUGUUUGAUACUGUAAAGCUGCUUGAUUUUAAGCAAUCUAUUGAAUAAAGUGCUAUAUGAAGACGUGACGUGACUGGAGAGCUACAUUGCAGAGCUCAUGCUAACAUUCCCAUGCUGUUAUGAUCAGACGCUUUUCUUAUGCUUUAUAUAUAAAAAAAAUGCUUGCUGUUGUCUCAUUUUUGUUGUGUUUAUUUUGUUACUAGAAGAAAGUGCAUGGCACAUUACAUAUUCGUCUAAAUGUUGAUCUCAGAUGUUCAUUUACAGUAUAUCGCUGGUCACACAUUUCGAACUUCGUUUUACCCCAAAACGAAGAAUGAAAAAGGACUUUGUUUGAAGUAUAUCAGUGCCUUUAACAGUGUUGCCAACUGCUUUCAAUUAAAAGUAGCUAAAACGGCUAAAUGUCACUAGAUGACAUCAUAAUAACAACAAUUCAUAAUUCAUUGGUUUAUUGAUCUAUAUAAAUAUGAAUAGAGAUCAGUGAGCAAAAUAAUAAUCUAGAUAAGGUUUGUCCAAAAAGAUGCUAGAUUUGUCCCUAAACUUUUGAAAAAAGUCUCAAAAGGAGCGGGGAAGUCACUAAAUCUAGUGACAAAAUCCCUAAAUUGGCAACACGGGACCUUAUUGACUCUUUUGUCGUUUGUCUCUUCUGCAUUUCUUAUAUCAUGUAGUUACAGAUUUUGUUGUGUUUAUUAUAUUUAUUAUUUCUUUAUUUUUUCCUUAUUAUCCAUAGAAUUAUGUUUAUCAGCCUAUUAUUACUGGUAGCUUUAAACAAACAGGUUGUAACAGUGCAGUGUGCAGUUAAUCAUAAUCAAUUUUCGAUUCCGGCUUUCAGUGAUUAUGAAAAGAAGAUAAUCAAGGUAAAAUGAUUAUUGUGCUGCUGCUGCAGCAUUCUGUCCAGAGCACCUCCCUUUCCCUCACAGCAGUGUGCUUUUGGUCCUCCCUAAAAGCCUAAACUAAACGUCUAAAUCCUCCAAAUAAGUGAGUGUUGUAAAGUGCAGUUUUUGCAAGUAAUCAUGUAAACAGUCGAUUUUGUCUUAAGUGAAUGUACACAGUUGAGAAGGAAAAUGCAUGUGUAACAGUAUAUGUAUCCAUGCUGGUUUUUAAAAUGAGGAGGAGUCCAAUAAACUGAAAAAAAAGAAGAAAGAAAAAGGAAAGUCACUCAAUGAUCUUGACUGAAUAUCUGAGAAGCUUUAGGAAGGAUUAAUCUGCAUAUAAUGAGUAUGCAGGGUAAUUUUCAUUUGAUGAUUUUGUUGAAUUUCUGUUGUAGGCUAUUAUCUGAAUACCAUGUUAAUACAUCUUCCUGAAACAUUUAAAAUGCUGUCAUCUGUCAUUUCAUUUGUAUGAAAUUUGUUCAUUUGUUUUUUCUGUUUUUGUUUUGUUCUGUAUUUUUUGUUCUUAUUUAGUUCUGAUGAAGUAUGCUAUCAAUAAAUGUGAAAAUUAACUUACUCAUAUCAUAAAAUAAGACUGACUGUAAUCAUUUGCCCACUAAUAAUCAUGUUAAAUAAUCAUGAUUUCAAUAUUGUUUUCAUUUACAAUUGGUCAAUUACCAAUUGUAAAAAGCGCUAUAUAAAUAAAAUUGACUUGACUUGACUAUUGUCUAAAAUAAUCACAGUAUUUUUGCCAUAAUCGAGCAGCACUAUAAUGUGUAAUAUUUUAAUUAGCCUACAAUAUAUCAAAUAAAACACCAUAACACCUUUUAAAAUGUCUUUUCUCCGUUUCUCCUCUGAUUUAGCUUUAUGUAUUAAACUAGAUUAUACGUUUUGCUCAUGAAAUUUCUUGUAAUUUUCCUCAUGUGUCUCUUUGAAUAAAAAUAUCAGCUAUUUGAAUAAAUGUUUAUGUACCUUGAAUUACAGGCCUAAACAUUAAUCAUGUUCUGUUUGGGAAACUGUCUAUGUUCUUCGCAUUUUUUUUUUUCAUCAGGUUUUUCAAUUAUUCUUGGAUAAAUUUUCAUUUCAAUAAAGAUCCAUGCUUCAA